GAACCUCGUUGCUGCUGUAUUUACUAUGAUCGUCUCGUUUCUAUCCCAUGUACACGAAGCCCCGCAGUGAUACUGACUUUGCACUCAAACUUCCAGACACGCGAGGGUAUAGACGACGACUAGUUCUUUCUACCAGAUCUGAAAGCACCCUCCAAAACGACAUGACAAUCCCAGACGAGUUCCACUCUGUAGCCGAAGCCCGAGACGUCUUCGAAUACUACAGGAGCAAAGCAGCUCAACAACUUCGCGGUGACCCGCAUACCCCGGGCACGGCGGACAUCCAGGAAUACACUUCCAUAAUCCAGCAGUUCGAACCCAUCGUGGGACGGAUGCUUGGCGCUUUAGACCGACUCGAGCAGCGAACCAGUGCAACACCUAAUGCACGCGAACAACUCGGAGUGAAGAUUCUCAAGAUCCACACAUACAUGCACCGCAUUCGACUGGAGUACGCCAAGCUCGGCGUUUCGGACCAGACGUCGUGGGAUAGAUACAACCACCUCUUUGAUCAAAUGGUCUCGCUAGCGGCAUCCGUCGUUGAUCAGACCAACGGGGUGGAAUGUCUUUCCCUAUCCCCAUCGCAACUCGACGCGCUGUCUAGGGACGGGUAUCUCAGGCCAUCCUUCACCAUGGACUUGGGGAUCAACGGCCCGAUUUUCAAUGUUGCGACUAUGUGUCGAGACCCGAUCAUCCGUCGUAAGGCCGUCCGCGUGCUGAAGGCCGCUUCGCGCCAGGAGGGGUGCUAUAACAGUCACAUCUGUGCUGUUGUCGCGGAGUACGCCAUCGCAGCUGAAGAAGAUCCAUCGACCGAUCUGCUCGCACCAUAUGGCAAUUAUGAUACCGGUCCUUCAUCACGACAAUUACCUGGGACACGCGUUUCCACGAACCAGGGGCUGGGAUUGAUAACUCACAGCUAUCAAAUUCCCGAGGAAGCCCGACUUACAUAUGUUUACCCUAGAGUGGACGCCGCGCGGAAGAAGGUGUAUAUACGGCUCUGCAAGGGAGGGGUUGAUAUUGAUGUUGAUAUCGGACUGUCUGCUACGAGUGCUGGUACAUAUAUGAUGUUAUAGAGACAUUGCUUUGGACGGUGGCGCAGGGCAUCUAGGCCCCCGUGGGCUUGUCUGAAUUUAAAACCUUGUUGUCAGCCUUGUUGCCUCCAUGCCGGGCUUUACCCGGGGAGUCGUGGUAUAUCCCGAUUCCCCGCCAUGUGCAGUCCCUACCAUUCGACUACUUGUAGGACAUGGCUAGAAAUAGGAACAAAAGUAGUGCGGAGUAUGUAGUUAGAACGUCAAGGAGGAAGUGGAGGAGCAGGAAGAUCUCUGACGAUUUUAGUAAACGCGCCGAUCAACCUUAGGCAUGCACACUCGAUGAUCUGUGACUGUGAUGGACGAUUAGAAAGACAAAUAUGUGGCA